AAAGAUGCUCGACUAUGCAUGGAAUUGAAAGAAAACACUCUGACGUUUCCAGAACUGCAAAGAUUUUCACUGUGAGUGCCCUAGAACAAAAGCUUCAGGCAAAACCAAGAUGUUUCUGCAACCAGGAAAUGAACAGGAUUUCUGAGGCUACGUUUUUCAUUAUCUCCUUAUAUGGCUGUGAAUGCGACAGGAAUGAGCCUACCCUUUCUAUCGUUUCCCCAAGGGGUCUGGAGCAUUGUGACGUAUUUGCAGGCAUAUCAUUGGAAGAUUGACCAUAAUAGACUACAUUUGCCAAGUGUCCGCACGGUGUCCUACGUGGAAAUUGGUGCGCAAAACUCAGCUGCUGGUAUUUUUCCAUGGGAUUCUGAGAAAAACCAUGCUUCCACGAACGGCAUAUCAAUGAAGAGAUAUAUGACAAAACACCUUGAGGAUUGAUUCAAACAACGUUUGCCAUGUUUCAGUCGAUAUUAUGGAGUUAAUUCGGAAAAAAGUUUGACGUUUAGGUGACUGAAUUUUCGGUUAGUUUCGGUAGCCAAAUGCGUAGUAACAAAACGGAGCGAUUUGUCCUACACAAAGAAUCUUUCAGGAAAAACUGGACAUCUGCUAUGUAACUGAGAGUCUCCUCAUUGAAACAUCUGAAGUUCUUCAAAGGUCAAAGCACGCGCGAUUCUCACCAUGAAACGCCCUAUUGAAAGAAGACAUCUCGCUGAAGAGAUAGAACCUGUUCCCAGAUCCGUAGCUGGUUGGGAAGGGUGGGCGCGAUGACAUCAAAGUUGGCCCAACUUUCCUGAUGACAGAGAGAGUUUGGGAGAAUGGCUGUCCUGUGAGUUCUGCUUUACAUACAGACAUAAUUUGAACGGUUUUAGAAGCUUUAGAGUGUUUUCUAUUCAUUAAUAAUUAUUAUAUGCAUAUAUUAGCAAUUUUGGACAGAUUUUUUUUCUGUUUACUAUGGGCACGCAAUUCCUCCAAAGGGGGCAGUAUUCUGCCUAGCCCUAACAGGUUAUUAAUAUAAUGUUUACAUACCCUACAUUAUUCAUCUCAUAUGUAUACAUAUAUACUGUACUCUAUAUCAUCUACUGCAUCUUUAUGUAAUGCAUGUAUCACUAGCCACUUUAAACUAUGCCACUUUGUUUACAUACCCUACAUUACUCAUCUCAUAUGUAUAUACUGUACUCGAUACCAUCUACUGCAUCUUGCCUAUGCCGCUCUGUACCAUCACUCAUUCAUAUAUCUUUAUGUACAUAUUCUUUAUCCCUUUACACUUGUGUGUAUAAGGUAGUAGUUUUGGAAUUGUUAGUUAGAUUACUCGUUUGUUAUUACUGCAUUGUCGGAACUAGAAGCACAAGCAUUUCGCUACACUCGCAUUAACGUCUGCUAACCAUGUGUAUGUGACAAAUAUAUUUGAUUUGAUUUGAUUUGACUGUGCAUUCUUCAGAAGGUGCCGAAACAUUGGUGAUUUACCCAAUAGAUUACUGGGAAUGUAUAUAUAUAGUGUGCAACUCUUUAUUUGUUAUAACUUAUUGUCAUUGUACAUAACAUUUACAGCUGACUGAUCUUUUCAAACAAGAAUGAUAGACAUCAGUUCAACCAGUUUGCCAUCCAUUCAAACAUGUACCAUGUACAAUCAGUCUUCAGGGAGAAAGUCGGUGUGGAAUAGGAAUAUUUUUUUUACCUUUGCACAGCCUUCCUGUUAUUUGUUUUGUUUGUAUGAUGAGCGAUGCACUUUUUUUACUAUUACUUCCUGUGUGUUGGGCACUGUGCACUACAAAUUAUAACAAGUGUAAUAUAUACUCUAACAAUGAGGGUUCAACAAGCCCCUGGAACCUCAACUUUGUCCUCAGGAAAAUGUAAUCCAUGUAGAUUACAAUGAAGACAUAUCUGGUAUAAUCAUCACGCUACUGAAUUAACAUUAUCAAUCGUUUGAUGGUACAAUGCAGUCUACAGUCAAUGUACACUAAACACCAACCUAGAAAUACACGUAGCAACCUAUGGAUAAAAAUGGAAGCUCUGGACUACACGGUUCUGUCACGCCCUGACCAUAGUUUGCUUUGUAUGUUUCUAUGUUUUGUUUGGUCAGGGUUUGAUGUGAGUGGACAUUUUGUAUGUCUAGUUUGUCUGUUUCUAUGUGUUUGGCCUGAUAUGGUUCUCAAUCAGAGGCAGGUGUCAGUCGUGCUCUCUGAUUGUGAGCCAUAUUUAGGUAGCCUGUUUUGUCAUUGUGGGUGUUGGGUGAUUGUUCCUGUUCCUGUGGCUGUGGCUGUGUCUAACCAUAUGGGACUUUUUCGUUCGUUUCACUUUGUUGUUUUGUUCAGUGUUCAGUUUGCUUUAUUAAAAUAUGGAAACUUACCAGGCUGCAUCUUGGUCCUCCGAUCCUUCCUACUAUUCCUCCUCAGAAGAGGAGGAAGACGAGCGUUACAGAAUAACCCACCACCAAAGGACCAAGCAGCGUGGUAACGGGCAGCAGCAGCAGCAGCGGCUGAAAUCUCGAGAGGAAUGGACAUGGGAGGACAUUCUAGACGGCAAGGGAUGUUACACAUGGGAGGAGAUUCUGGCUGGAAGGGAUUGCCUGGUGGAGGUGGAGGCAGCCAGGAGAACGGAGGCAGUAGGAAAAGGGAACCGGCGUUACGAAGGAACACGGCUGGCUAGGAAGCCCGAGAGGCAGCCCCAAAAAAUUAUUGGAGGAGGCACACGGGGAGUGUGGCUAAGUCAGGUAGGAGACCUGAGCCAACUCCCCGUGCUUACCGUGGAGAGAGGUGGUCCGGGCAGGCACCGUGUUAGCCUGGAAAACGAGUUACAGAUUGUGGCUUUCAUGCUCAUCUCAAACUGUACUAGGCAGCACUAUGCACAUGACUAAAGACUAAUCCAACAAAUUCGUUCAUACAUUUUGGAAUUUCAGGCAACAUCGACUGCGAUGGCGACUUCACAAUGUGAAAAACAGGACCGUAAGUUCAUAAUGAUGACAUUAGGUUUACAUUAUUGUUUAUUCUCACAAUGGUGUUGGGGAUUGCGUAUAUUCGGGUGAUUUACCCCCCCAAAUGUUCAAAGUACAACAUGCCAUUUUGAAAAGUCACUAGACUCCAUACUGUGUUUAAUUAACUGUUACUCACCUUGGUGUAUAAUGAUUUUUUUUUACAGAACAUAAGUCCAUCUCAACUACCUCAUACCCCAGCACAUUUACUCUGUACUCCUUUAUAUAGCCUCGUUAUUGUUUUUAUUGUGUUACUCUUUUUGAGUGAAAAUAUUUGUCUUACUUUUUAACACUGUUGGGAUGGGCUCGUAGGUAAGCGUUUCACUAUAGUCUACACCUGUUGUAUUUGUCACGUGUGAUCAAUACAUGUGAUUUAAUUUGAUUAAUGUUAAUUUUGAUCUGUUGGAUUUCAUCUAAUUUUUUCAUCUAAAAAUUAUGUUAUUUCAAAGGUAAUAAAUAACUUUGGCCUACAGUUAUAACGAUGUUAGUCUGAGAAAGAAGGAGAGGACCAAGGUGCAACGUGUUCAUGAUUUUUAAUAACACUGAACACUAGAACAAAAAUAACACCGCGGGACAAACGAAACCUGUCUGGUACAGAGACAGAAAACAACUACCCACAAAACCAACAUGGAAAAUGGCAACCUAAAUAGUCUCCCCAAUCAGAGACAACGAGAAACAGCUGUCUCUGAUUGUGAACCAAUUCGAGCCACCGUAAACCUACAAUCCCCUAGACCAUUCCAAAUCCCCAUAGAUAGACAACACCCCUAGACAAGAAAAAAAACCUAGACAAAUACAAAAACUAAACAAACCACCCUUGUCACACCCUGACCUAACUAAAAAAUAAAGAAAACAAAUAUAACUAAAGUCAGGGCGUGACAACAGUCCCUUACUAAAUUAGAAUUUUACCUACCAGGUGUUUACCUACCCAUUUAAUUUACUCACUGAUCAUUCGUUAAGAAACAUUUUCCUAAACAUAUAAUAGCCUGCAUUCAGGCUCAAACAUUAAAAUCCAACUGCAAAUGAGCUCUUGCUCUGGUUGACUGUGCAACUGCCUGGGUAUACAGGCCAAAAUACACUGACAGUUGUUUUGUGCUGUUGUCACGUUCUGACCAUAGUUAUUUUGUGUUUUCUUUGUUUUAGUGUUGGUCAGGACGUGAGCUGGGCAUUCUGGGCAUUCUAUGUUGUGUGUCUAGUUUUCACCUUUCUAUGUUUGGCCUGAUAUGGUUCUCACUCAGAGGCAGGUGUUAGUCAUUGUCUCUGAUUGGGAACAAUAUUUAGGUAGCCUGUUUUGUGUUUGGGUUUGUGGGGGGGUGUCUUCUGUCUUUGUGUUCUAUGCACCAGAUAGGACUGUUUCUGUUUUGCCACAGUUGUUGUUUUGUAUUUUGUAGUGUUCACGGUUUUGUCGUUAUUAAACAUGAUGAACACUAACUACGCUGCGUCUUGGUCCCUGCUACACUCUUCAGACGAAGAGGAGGAAAUCUGCCGUUACAGCUGUUUACUUUUUAUUUUCAAUUAAUCCUAUCUGAAUUGUGAUUUGUCUAAGUGAUGUCUUUAGCAAUAUGUUGAUGCAUACUUGUUAAUUAUAUUACAGCGAGCUCAAGCAGAAAUGAGAGAAGAGCCAGCAUGAGGUCUCCUUUACAAUUUUUCGAUCUGAGGGUUGUUCUGGUGGGGAAGACUGGAGCAGGGAAGAGUGCAUCAGGAAACACCAUCCUGAGGAGAACUGAGUUCAAAGUAGAUUUUGCUGCAGAGUCUGUGACCAAACAAUGUGAUAGGAGCAGAGAGGGCAUUGCAGUAAUUGACACCCCGGGUCUUUUUGACACUCAACUCUCAGAGUCUUCAGUGAGGACCCAACUGGUGGAGUGUAUCGCCCUCUCCUCUCCUGGACCCCAUGUCUUCCUGCUUGUUAUUGCCCUUGGUCGUUUUACAGAGGAAGACCACAACGCUGUUGCAAGGAUCAGGAACAUCUUUGGAGAAGCAGCAGUGAGACACACCAUGAUUCUCUUCACCCAUGGAGACACACUGGAGAAAAAUAAGAAAAGCAUUGAGGACUUUAUCCAGGCGGCUGGUGAAGGUCUACAGCAGCUCAUUGAGACAUGUGGAAACAGACACCACGUCUUCAACAAUGAGAACACAGACAACCGUGAGCAAGUAAAGCAGCUGAUGGACAAAGUUACAGCCAUGGUGAAGGAGAAUGAAGGGAGGUGUUACACCAAUGACAUGUACCAAAAAGUGCAGAGAGCCAUACAGAGGAGAGAGGAAGAACUGAAACAGGGGUAUGAAAAAGAGCUGAAAGAGAAGGAUGACCUGGUCAGAAUUAGAGCGAGUAAUGAAGGCACUGGAUCUGAAAGACUCUGAUAUACAAGAAAAACAGAACGAGAUCGAUGACCUGCAGGGUCAAGUGAAACACAUAGGAGAGGACAAAGACUUGCUAAAAAAGGAGAGAAGGCAGAGAAAUACUUUGACAAGAAAAAUAUUGUUGUUGAAUUCGUUAGAAAAUCUGCUGAACGCUGUACCACACACUGA